GUUGAUAUAUAAAAACUGCAAAAAAAAGAUGCAUACUUGUUUGAAUUCACCUUCAUAUUUUAAUGAUCAUAAUCAUAGUUACUUAUUUCAAACAACCCCUUUAAUUAUAUCAUCAUCAUCAAUUAGUACUAGUAAUUGUUGUUGUUGUUCUUGCUGUUGUUGUGUUACAAAUAGUAAUUAUAAUAAUAAUAAUAGUUUACUUAGAAUUAAUCCAAGUAGUUUUUUAUAUAAUGGGUUAAGACAAUCUACUUUGAUACAUUUUUCCCCUAGUAAAAGAUUAAGUAAUUAUGGUGGUAGAAAUAGUAAUAGUAGUGUUACUAGAAGGACACAUUCUUGUAAUAAUGAUUCGGGUCGGAAUUAUUAUCUUGAAAAGCUUUAUACUUUUAAUGAAAUGAGGAAGUUGAGGAAAGGUGGGUAUGUGUGUUCGGGUUUUGGUGGUAAGAGGGAAGGAGGGUUUCUUAGUGAUGGGAUUGAUGAUGUUGAGAUUUUGCUUGAUUUGUUAAGUGAGGAAGUGGUGUCGGAGAAUGUUGGUGUAAGAGAGAGGAAAAGGGUUGAGAAAAAGGGUGCUCGGGAUGUUACGAGUGAUAGGAAAAGUGAGUUUUCGGGAUUGGAUAAGAAGGGUUUGAAGUGUGAUGAGAAAGUUGUAGGGAUUAGGUUUAGGGAAGGAGAGGGUAAAGGGAGGUUUGUAAGAAAGGUGAAUCGGGGAGGAAGGGAGGAGGGGGUUCGGGCAAGAGAGGAAGAAUAUGAGCGGAGUUUUGUAGGAAAGGUGAACCGGGAAGGAAGGAAGGAGGAGAUUUGGUUGAGAGAGGAAGAAGAUGAUAACGGGAGGUUUGUGAAAAAAGUUAAUCGUGAAGGAAGGAAAGAAGGGUCAAGUUGCUCGUCUUAUUACUCGGUUGCGUCUACGGGCGAGUAUGAAAGUGAUAAUGAAGAUGUUGAAAUCAAACAUGAUAAUUAUUUUGUUGAAGGAGAGUCUUCGAGUGGGUAUCAGGAUGAUCGGAAAAUGGAUAGAUAUAUGAAAAGUUAUGAGGAGGACGUUAGAGAAAAUGUAAAUAGACGAUGGGAAUCUAGUAAAGAUGAAAACGAGAUCUUGAAGAAAAAUAACUUGAAAAGUUAUUAUGGUAAUGAAGAAUGGCGAAAAAAAUCUGAAAAAAAGCUUAAUGUGGAGUCUAGUCAACAGCAAUCACAAGUUUCUGUGAAUAUUGAGCAGAAUAGUCAACAGCAUAAUGAAAAAACUGAUAGAAUCACUAAUCAAUCUCAGUCAAUGAAGUAUAAGACUCUCAAGGAAAUGUCAGAUACAGAUAAUAAGGUUACUGAAUUGACCCCCAGCACCCGAAGACGAUACAGUGAUACUGGAGAUAAGUUGGUUAAUGAUAAAAGGCGAAGUGAUUUGCGCGUUUCUCGCCAAGAUGAGUACACAAGGCAGUCAAAUGUAAAUUUAGAAGCACGAAUUCGUGAAGUUGACACGAAAAAGGCUUCUACCUCCUCAUCACAUGAAUUUAGAAUGAAGAUUCGAGAGGAUAGUUCAGCAGAAACUAGUACUCAUGUUGAAGAUCGAAGAGAAGAAGAACACCAAAACCAGUUCACUACAUUAAGAGAUUCUAGAAUGGAAACACAACAAAUUUCAGAAAUUUCUGAUACUCGUAUUACUAAUAUUGAAUCUAACAUCAGAAGGGAAAAACAAAAAUUGCAUUUAGAGGCUUCAAGUUCAGCUGAGAAAGUUACAAUGGACCAGAAGGUUGAUACUAGGAGAAAAAACAUUGAAAAUAAGUAUUCGACAUCCAGUGUGGAAUUGGUAGAGGCACCCACGAAAUCGUUGGAAACUGGAAGGAAAACAAUUAAGGCAUCGAGUUUCAAUGUUGAUAUGCCGAAAGAGGCUACUAGUUCGUACAAAGCUUUGAAAUUGAAUCCUGAACCUAGUACACAAGAACCUGGUGCUCAUGUUCCUGGAAAGAGCAUUGAAGAUGAGUAUUCGACAUCUGGGGUGGAAUUGGAGGAGGCCCCCACCAAAUCGAUGAAAACUCGAAGGAGAACAAUCAAGGCUUCGAGUUUUAAUGUUGGGAUGCCGAAAGAGGCAACUAAUUCCUACAAAGCGUUGAGAUUGAACCCUGAGCCUAGUUCACAAGAACCUAGUGCUCGUCUUACUGGUAAGAGUGGCUCAUUUCCAAUAGCCACAACUUCUACAGCCGGUGAAUACCAGGAGCGUCCAGAGAGUUCCAGAGUUCGGCAGUCUGAAAUAUCCCAUGAAAGUUGUAUUUCUUCAGCUGAUGAACAACAGAAAUCUUCAAGCCAUUUUGUGGGUGAAUUUGUUGAAAAGGCAAGACACGAACUUUCCAUUUCCGAAGUUCAACAGGAGAAGAAAACCCAUGAAGUUGAUUUAGCGAGUCAAGAAGGUGAGCAAUAUGAAUCUAAGAGUUCAGGUGAAGAUGGUUCAGGAAAUUCUGACCAAAAGGAUGGAGGUAGUGGACCAUCUGUUGAGAUGUGGCAUGAAACUGGUGCAUCCAUUCAGCAGCCUGUGGGGACAGAUGCACCUGAUUCAGCUGGACAUGCUGAAUCUGUUAAAGGGAGUGGUAGGUCCUUAUGGAAUAUUAUUGGAGAUGUGGUUAGAUUACGGUGGGCAUCACCACGUUCUGAAUCACAUACACCGAAAUCAGGUGCUGGAAAGGGCUCACCGGGUCAGUCUACUAGUAGCGAAAGAUGGUUUUCUGGUCACGAACCAGAUGACUCAAAUGAUGAGAACGUGAAAAUUGGAAGUAAGAAAGGUCGAAAAGAAUAUUCAAACCCUUCAAGUUCCAAGAGGAAGGUAGAGCCUCUGGUACCAUCAUCAUCGUCAAAUACAAACCAGGGGUCUUCAUCCAAAGUCAUGUCUCCAUCACUAAUUGAAGAAUCAUCAUUUCCAUCUGCAAUUCGCAUGAGAAGGUCACCUGUUGUAAAGAUAACUUCUACCACCGAAACUGAUGCAUCCACAAGUGGCAAAGCGGAAGAAAUAAUUCAUAAACCGUUGAUCCAAGUGCCACAAAUAGAUGCAUCUGGCAGUGGCAAAAUGGUGGCAGUGGAUCAACAGGGUCCUGUUCGAAGAAAACUGGGAAGAACAGAUCAAGUCUCUAAAGAUAGAUUUGAUGAAUGGGAAGAGGCUUAUACUGUUGAAGCAAUGCAACGUAAAAACGAUGAACUUUUUAUGAGAGAAGCGCUUUUGGAAGCUAAAAAGGCUGCAGAUUUCUGGGAAGUACCUGUUGGGGCUGUUCUUGUGCAAGAUGGUAAAGUAAUUGCUCGUGGAUAUAAUUUGGUAGAAGAGUCACGCGACUCCACUGCCCAUGCUGAGAUGAUUUGUAUACGUGAGGCAUCAAACAACCUACGCUCAUGGAGACUUUCGGGUACUACACUUUAUGUAACACUUGAACCAUGUCCUAUGUGUGCUGGAGCUAUUCUUCAAGCGCGGAUUGACACGGUUGUUUGGGGAGCACCCAAUAAACUACUUGGAGCUGAUGGCAGCUGGAUCAGGCUGUUUCCUGAUGGUGAUGGAGGAAAUGGAUUAGAUAAACCGCCUGCCCCUGUUCACCCAUUCCAUCCAAACAUGGUGGUGAGAAGGGGAGUUUUAUCGACAGAAUGUGCAGAUGUGAUGCAGCAAUUUUUUCAGUUACGGAGAAAGAAGAAAGAGAGGAAAACAGAAGCUGAACCACCAAGUCCAGCACCUGCCUCAUGUCUUCCCAUCACACACCAUCGCCAUUCAAAGUUCUUGAGUAAAAUGCAUGAUGCCUUCAGCAUUAUGUUCUGUUUAUAGAUCAAAUCUUUGUUCCUCAUAGAUACUCUUUUUGCUCUAUUUUAGUAAUGGUGUGGUUUAGUUUAUAUGUUUUUUUGUGUAGUUUAUGGAUAGUUCAGUAACCGGAAUACAGUAUCAAUUCAUUGGUUUUGUGACAAUUUGACCUGAAUAUAACCUCUUACUUGAAUAA